UUUUUUUUUUUUUUUUUUAUAAAGCAUUUUCUUCAGGUUUUACAUUUAAUCGACAUGGAGAGGAUUACCAGCGCGCAACCACCUCCCUGUAUGCCAAAACACCCCUCUCUGGAUAUAGCUGACAUGCAAGGAGUGGAUUUUCCAAUUUAUGUGUAUAAACCCAGGAGGGGCAUGAAGCGAGAUAAUGAGAGCAAGGAGACCUACAAGUUGCCCCACCGACUUAUCGAGAAGAAGAGACGCGACAGAAUAAACGAAUGCAUUGCCCAACUGAAAGAUUUAUUGCCAGAACAUCUUAAGCUUACAACGCUGGGUCAUUUGGAGAAAGCUGUGGUGCUGGAACUCACUCUCAAGCAUGUGAAAGCCCUGAGUUCUCUCCUGGAGCAGCAGCAGCAGAAAAUUAUCGCUCUACAGAAGGACCUGCAGCUUGGUGAUCAUGGAGGUGACAGCGCUGAGAGCAGUGAGGAGAUGUUCCGCUCUGGCUUUCACUUAUGCGCCAAAGAGGUUCUGCACUAUAUGGCCACCCAAGAAAGCAGCAGGGACUUGACUCCUUCGCACGUAAUCACUCACAUCCAAAAGGUAGCAGCGGAAGUCCUGCAGCAUCGAAGCAGCCUUCGGCCGGAUGAGGAUGUGGGCUCUUCUGAAAAAGUGAAGAAAUCCGCCGGACAGCCACAGAGGGCCUCUGAAGGCCCUGCUAAGAACUGCGUCCCAGUCAUUCAAAGGACUUAUCCCCACGGGACAGGGGAGCUGAGCGGUAGUGACACAGACACUGACAGUGGCUAUGGGGGAGAACAUGACAAGCGGGACCCCAAAGCCCAGUGGUCAGAAAGCCACUCGAUGGAGGGGGAGCUCAACCAUUCGGGAUCUGAGCGCAUGGCCAGUGUCAUCAAGCAGGAGGAUGAUGAGCCUCGGGCCAAGAAGCUGAGAUCGGACUCCCCGGAAAAUGAAAUUCUCUCCAGUCACACGACAGGAGUUCCUGGUAGUUACCUGAGCUUCUCCCCUAACCAGAACCCGUUUUGCCUUCCCUUCUACCUCAUUCCCCCCGCAGCGGCGGCAGCAGCAGCGUAUCUGCCCAUGCUGGAGAAAUGCUGGUACCCUGGGGGCUUGCCUGUCAUGUACCCAGGUAUGAGCGGUUCUGCAGCAGGCCUACCCCCAGAGGCACUUCCCUCGUCUCUGAUGAUGUCCAUGUCCCCGAGGGCAGGAUCUCCAGUACACCACCAGAGUCGCAUGGACUCCCCCACGUUUCACAAAGCUUUAAAGCAGGUCGCUCCCUUGAAUCUGGAAACCAAAGACUGAGCAGAUGUGUCACAAAUCGUGUCCUCUGAAUGUCGAAUGGGAUAAACGAACACGAAAGCACUGGUAUCCCAUUAAACAGCAGCUGUAGUUUGACCCAUUGUGUCCCACCUCCAUCUAUCAUGAGCUCCUGAAGUGAAAUGAGACUUUCUGUGGGGAUUCUGGCAUGGCCACGAGAAGGCUCAUGUUAGACCUUUUGCAUGGCUCUGAAAUACUGUGAGUUUUAAUACGGUCAGUUUAGAGUGCACGAGGGAGCGCGCAAGUGUUUUUCUGCAAUACCUGUCAUCUCAGCACUUAUUGUUGAAUGUCAAAGGUUAACCUAGAAUGUAAGGUGUAGACUAACCCUUCCACACACAAACACACACCCCAUUUGAAAACAUUUUGGAGCUAUUUUCUUUGCGCGCGCACACAAACACAUACGCCAGUCUGUAAUGAAUGUAAAGAUUGAACAAAAGCUCCGUCGUAGAUGCUGCUUGAAUGACUUUUAAGGAUGAUCUACUUUCAGUGUUUGUUGCUCCUGUAACUGCAACAAACUAUUGUUUUAGACCUACCACAAAAAACAAAACAAAAAAAAAUUUUUGCCCCUUUAACUCCUUCAGUUAUGGCAAAGCUAAAUGAACGCAGAGUUUAGAGUUCAAAGAAUUCAGGGCGUUGUCGCCGUACGAGGUGUGUCACUCAUUGUCUGUCGAUGAAUGAUGUGGCCAUACACGCUUUUAUGAUUUAAUUUGUUGCUCAUGACUGUUUGUGCAUUUUUUUUUAGGUGGAGUUCCUGUGAAGCAGUGUCUUGUAAUUAUUUCUUUUGCUUAUACUACUCGUACAUCUCUAUUUUUGAUACGUGACCCACUGAGUGUAUUUUGUAGGGAAAGGCUGAGGGAGCGAUUGGCUGUACGUUGCGACAUCGUGUACAGUAUACAUAUGGCGUCAGCCUGAUUUGCAUAUUGCCCACUGCUUUCCAGUCGAGUCCAGGCCUGUUUUUAGCUCAUGCUGUUGCCUUUACUCGUUUUAACACAGACACAAACAGUGGCAGGUGAUUCAAACAUAUUUGCUUUAAAUGUGUCUGUGGCAAAGAGAGUGAAUGUAAAGUAAAACAAAUAUAAUAGUUUUGUAUAGAAAGAGGUACUUGGGAUUUUUAUUUUGAAAUGUAAUGCAAAGGAUGUACAUAUUUUGUAUAUAAAGUAUUAUUGAUAUAUAUUAAAGUAUUAAUAAAGCUUUUUCCCCUCCCUGUGGAA